AUUAAAGAUUGGAGAAAUACAAAACUGGAUGAUAUUAUUAGUUGUUCUUUCUUUACUUUGCUUUCUUGUGUUUUUAAAGAUACAAUGGUUGGCGCCUUCUUCAUUUGCAGGAGUUUCUUGGAUACAAUGGCCGUGGCCCGUGAAUAAAAUAGAGACUUGCAUCUGCGAUUUGGAGAAUAUCAUAUUCUGUUCUGAUUACGGCCUAGCCUGGCCUGUGAAAAUUUUGAAGGCUGGGGUUCAGAUUCUUCUGUUUUUCGUGGGUUUGUUCGAUAUUUGCAAAUACUGGUGGGUUUAUGUAAGCCGCUACCUCCAUCACCAAAUGUGGGCUAUAAUUGCUGGAGUAACUCGCCUGUGAAUGGCGCGGAAAUGAAUCUAUUGUUUGCCACAGUUCUGGACUGGCGCGACUUUCUCUCCUGAAGCUAAUCUCUUUCUGUGUUGGGGAAUUAUUGUUGCUUGUGCCCUGCGACUUCCAACGCAGGCUUCCUCUAUUUAUAUCGGCAUCCAUUGAAAAAUUUGAACAUCCAGAUUGGUUAAGGUUAAAAACCUGCAAUCUUGUGCCGUUUAAUUGCAAACUGGAAGUAAGCAUAAACAGCAAUAAGAUUGAAAAGAAACUACAGCAAUCCAGCAGUUUAACAUCAGUUCAUUGGCUCUUGACUUGGGGUGUUGAAAGAAAAGAAAUUGAACUUGUUGUAAGGGACAUUGCCAGGGAGGGUGCUUAUCUCCUGAAGCAGGAGAUUUGUGUAUAGAGAGAUAACGCAGUAAGAGUAAGAAAUUUAUAUUUCUAAAUCUGUUACAGCCAUGGCAUCGAAAGAAGCAAACCCCUCGCUAGCGUUUCUAAUGAAAAAGGAAACAGAGGUCCAACUGGCACGGCCCGCACGAGUGAAAAACAAAACCCCUGCGCCGAUUCAGAUCACCGCCGAGCAAAUCUUAAGAGAGGCAAGGGAGAUCCAAGAGGCAGAAAUCCGUCCCCCAAAGCAAAAAAUUACAGAUGAGAGUGAAUUAGCAGAGUACCGUCACCGCAAGAGUAAAGAAUUUGAGGACCUAAUUCGCAGGGUCCGAUGGAACACGAAUGUUUGGGUGAAGUAUGCACAGUGGGAGGAGAGCCAGAAAGAUUUCGCGCGGGCGAGGUCUGUGUGGGAAAGGGCCCUCGAGGUGGAUUACAGGAAUCCCACCCUGUGGCUUCGCUACGCCGAGGUGGAGAUGAAGCACAAGUUUAUAAAUCAUGCCAGGAAUGUAUGGGACCGUGCGGUGUCGUACCUCCCGAGAAUCGAUCAGCUAUGGUACAAGUACAUUCAUAUGGAGGAGAUGCUCGGCAAUGUUGCAGGGGCACGCCAAAUUUUUGAGAGGUGGAUGAAUUGGGAACCUGAUCACCACGGUUGGUCUGCAUACAUAAAAUUUGAACUCAGGUACAAUGAAGUGGACAGGGCCAGGGCCAUCUUUGAGAAAUAUGUGCAGUGUCACCCCACAGUGAAGGCUUGGAUCCGCUAUGCUAAGUUUGAGAUUAAGAAUGGGGAGAUUCCCAAGGCUCGGCGAUGUUAUGAGAGGGCAGUUGACAAACUUGGGGAGGAUGGGCAGACGGAGGAGCUCUUUGUGGCAUUCGCAGAAUUCGAGGAGCGCUGCAAGGAGUUGGAGCGAGCAAGGUGUAUUUAUAAAUAUGCCCUUGACCAUAUGCCUAAGGGACAGGCUGAAGAUCUCUAUAGGAAAUUUGUUAUGUUUGAAAAACAGUAUGGUGAUAGAGAGGGUAUUGAAGAUGUUAUUGUGGGCAAGAGGAGGUUUCAAUAUGGGGAGGAAGUCAAGCAAUGAAUGACUGUGUUAUGAAGGUGUGAGUUUUUUUUGUUGUCUGGUUACUGAUAGUACUUGUAUUAAGGAAAACGAGCAUAUUUGUGCCUUGAUUGUAGAGGGGUUGCAGUUAAUUGGUCCCUCUAUUUUUGUAUAGUUGUAAAUGUUAUUAGUUCCUGUCCAUGGCAGGAUACUUACAACCAUGGAGUUCAAUUCUUUAAUUAUUUCAGUCAAUCAGUGUAAAGAAUUAAAAAUUUUAGGCAAAAAAUUUCUAGUGUAUAUUUAUUUUAUAUUUUAUUUAAUCAUAAAACAUCAUUUUCCUUCA